AUGGCGACGACACAGACAGCUCUGCAAACUCCUUUCGAGACAAUUUCCCUUGAAAACAGGAGCCAAAAUGAAGACCUCCCUGAGACUCGGCGUGCGGGGCGAGUCUUUGAAGCUGACCCUGCAUUCACGACAAGUCCAGCAUCACGUCGACUCAUCAUCUGUUUGUUGGUUUGUGCAAACAUGAUCCAGUUCAUGUCCAAUUGUAUCACCAUCGUCGGUGGUCUCCCUCUCAGUAAAGACCUGGGGCGUGAAUCAGGUCCCGGCAAAGCGAAUUGGAUGGCCGCUUCAUAUCCACUCACUCAAGGUGCAUUCGUCCUAGUAACGGGCCGACUGGGCGCCAUCUACGGCCAUUCUCAACUCACCCUUCUUGGCUGUGCAAUCUUCACCCUGUUCUCUCUCAUCAAUGCAUUCACCAAAACCUAUGACUCUUUUAUCGCCAUGCGUGCUUUGACCGGUGUCGGUGGAGGUAUCUUUAUGCCCAAUGCUGUCUCAAUUAUCACCACCAUGGUUCCACCAGGUCGAUCGCGAAAUGUCGUGUUGGGUUUAUUUGCAGCGUCGCCGCCUCUGGGGGGAAUGAUAGGCUCGUUAAUCACGGGUGUCUUCAUUGAUAAUGUGAAUAGGAUGUGGCUUUUUGUUCUCAUUGCUGGUAUUGCGGCUUUCAAUCUCGCGUGGUUGGCGUACCUCAUGCCCAAGGAAACUCCUGUUGAUAAAGGAGGGCAUAUCGAUAUUCCUGGAAUCAUCUUGGGACUUGGAAGCCUACUUCUUUUCAACGUCGUAUGCAACCAAGCACCAUCAGCUGGAUGGAACGCGCCUUACGAGAUAGCCCUGUUGGUUCUUUCUGUGGUAAUGUUCCUGACCUUUCUGUUCUGGGAGAAGCGUUAUGCCAAAGACCCCAUAAUGCCGUUGUCAGUCUUUCAAGCACCGACUUUCACAGCUUUGGUCUUCGUUGUGCUCCUGAGCUACAUGGCAUUCGGGAUCGGUCUCUGGUACUCGACGAGUUGGCAGUACCUCCUGCGCAGACUAUCUGUCACCCAAAUUGGCAUUAAUUGGGUACCAUUCGGGCUAAGCUCUGUGCUUGCCGUGUUUUUCGCAGCAUGGCUAAUCCCCCGCGUUGCAGCACAGUGGAUCAUGGCGAUCGGGGUGACAGUCACUCUAGUUGGCAAUAUCCUCCUCGCGACCAUGCCAGUGCAACAAACAUACUGGGCGCAGGUCUUCCCAGCCAUGAUUCUCUACGGUUUCUGCCCCGACUUGGUAUACGUUGCGGCACAAGUAAUCGCGAGCAACAGCGUCAGCCGUCGUCAACAGGGCGUAGCGAGUAGUCUGAUCGGAACUCUUAAUCUUUACGGAAAUAGUUUGGGCCAAGGAUUUGCCGGGACGAUUGAGACGGAGGUUGGAACGAAUAACGAUGAUGAGGUUAGGGGCUACAGGGCAGCUCUGUACUUUGCAGCUGGCCUGGCAGUGCUUGGCUUGGCUUUGGAUAUCUUGUUUGUCAGGGUGCCGAAGGAUCAGCGCGAAGGAUGGGAUGAUCCGUCCGAGAGCGGUGAGCAAGAGCUGAAUGGCAUGACUACUGCCAUCGAGGGACGGGCCUCACUGCGAACUUGA